AUGGGUAAAACGAUCUAUAAGUUCAUUAAAACAGGAAACUGGACACCCCUCAGCAUACACUCCUCCCACAUCAACGGGGACAUACUGGUGGGGAUGAUAAAGGAUGGAGAGUCUAAAGUCACCAGGUACAACAAGUUAGGGAAAGAAAUACAGAGCAUACAGAGGGACAACAAAGGACAGAGACUGUUUAAGUAUCCACACUACAUCACAGAAAACAUCAAUGGUGAUACCUGUACAUCAGACAAAAACAAAAGAGCUGUGGUGGUGGUGAAUAAUUCCGGACAACACAGGUUCUCCUACACUGGUCAGAGAUCAGAGUUUUAUCCCUUUGGUGUCUGUACUGAUCUACUCGAUUGGUCACAUCAUUGUCUGUGA